UCACUUUUAUUUCCUGUCAUAACUGCUGUUCUUUUCAUUUGACAUCUUAUUUUCAUAGAGUUUUUCAGUUCUUCAUCCAACCAAGGUGUGACGUUGUUUCUGACCGUAAACGUCUUCAAAGACCCUCCAGCUUCAGAGCCAGCAGCAGCUCUCUCUGAGAUCUCCAAUGACUCUCAUUUGGGUGAAACCUGAAUCUCCAAGCAGGAUGCAGAAGAGGAAAGAGAAAUCUAGGACUCAGCUGUUGGAUUUGCCAGUUGCUCAGAGAGAGGUUCUCAAAAGAGACACCACAUAUCUGGCAAAGAUUGCCCUUGUUCUCCAGGAUGCUCCAGGCAAAAUGCUCACCUUCACCCAGUUGAUGGAGAAGCUGGCAACUCUUAUUUCAGAAGACCUAAGAUCUGUUGUGAGCAACAUCAGAGUCUGUUUGUCAAGCCACAGAUGUUUUGUUAAGAUUCCCGUGUUCCCAGGUUCAAGGGACAGCAAGAAGAACUACUGGAAACUAGACUGUAGCAAGAUCACUCCAAAGAUGGUGCGUCGUCACUUUAUGAGACUCCUGAAUAUCUUCCCUGAGUUGGCCUCUAAGGUUGAGACAAACAACGCGAACAGACCAUCAGAGCAAAAAUCAACUGUCCCAUCUCCUGAACCUGCAGCCUGCGGCUCUGUGCAGGUCAGAUGUGAGGUGAAGUUCACUGGUCCCUUCUCGAUUGAAUCCCUCCUGAAGAGAGACAGCCCGUCUUCUCUGACCUGCAGAAUUUCUGCUCCGCCCAGCAUCCAGACCUGGGCAGAUCAGCAGCUUUUGCCCAUACACACGACAAGGGUCUCCAGCUACUAUGAAGAAGGUUCGCCUCCUCAAACUUCUUCAGGAUUAUACCCUAUCUGCUUAGCAAGGGGCAGCACACAUCACAGAGGCGUUGAACCCACCACAAGGAUUGCUGUCCACACUGAGCCCCAAUCCUACUUCUACAUAAGAGCUGCUUCCAAUCUCAACAGCUCUCUCUACAGUUACAUCACACACUCUGUAGCAGCAUUUACACCAGAAACCCUCCACUUUUGAUUGCAUAUUUUUUUU